AUGUAUUCGUAUACGUUUAGAUCAUGCCCCGGUUGCUCCAAAGAAGAGAUGAAAGCACUUGAUAAAAUGAGGGGAUUUCCUAUCAAGCAGAGAGCGGAGCGGAGCGCAUCAAAGAGUAUGGGAUAUCCCAAGAAGAGAUGGGGAGUAGGGUGGACGCUCUUGGUUUGUGUUGCUGCUGCGUGCUUGGUUCUCGCUGACGGACGGAGACUGAGGCAGCCGCGGUGUCCCAUAGGAUGCUCCUGCACUAAGGACAAUGCACUGUGUGAGAAUGUCCGAUCUGUGCCACAUACUUUCCCCAGUGACGUCGUUUCUCUAUCUUUUGUCAAGUCAGGAUUCAAUGAAAUAUCAGCUGGGAGCUUUGUCCAUACACCUGCCCUGCAACUGCUGUUAUUCACAGCAAAUUCCUUCGAUUUCAUUGAUGAAGAUGCGUUCCUGGGACUACCACAUCUUGAAUAUUUGUUCAUUGAAAAUAACAGAAUAUCGUCCAUAUCUCCAUUCGCGUUCCGGGGUCUAAAAACACUCAUUCAUCUGAGUCUGGCGUACAACAACCUCGAGACGCUGCCCAAAGAUGUGUUCAGGGGCAUGGAGGCGCUGACCAAAGUGGACUUGCGUGGGAACAACCUGGUGUGCGACUGUAAGCUGAAGUGGCUGGUGGAGUGGAUGCACGAGACUAACGCCACCCUGGACCAGAUCCACUGCAGCGGGCCUCCCUCGCACCAGGGCCGCAAGAUCAACGACCUGCUCCCACACUCCUUUGACUGCAUCACGGCGGAGUUUGCCUCCUAUCAAUCAUUGAAGUUUGAGUCCAUCUCGGUGGAGGCCUUCACCUUUGGCAUGGACCAGUUCGUGGUGUUUGCACAACCGUUCGCUGGGACCUGCAGUUUCCUGGAGUGGGACCAUGUGGAGAUGAAUUUCAGGACUUUUGACACAAUUGAAAGCACGUCCACAGUGGUCUGCAAGCCCAUGGUCAUCGACAACCACCUCUUCAUCAUUGUGGCUCAGUUGUUCGGGGGCUCCCACAUUUACAAGCGCGACAUAUCGGCCAAUAAGUUCAUCAAGAUCCAGGACAUCGACAUCCUGAGGAUCCGUAAGCCCAACGACAUCGAGACGUUUGUGAUCGACGGGGAAUCCUUCUUCGUUAUCGCGGACAGCUCCAAAGCCGGCUCCACCACAGUGUACAAGUGGAACGGGAAUGGCUUCUACUCGCACCAGUCCCUGCACCCCUGGUACCGGGACACAGACGUGGAGUACGUGGAGAUGUCGGGGAAGCCUCACCUGAUCCUGUCCAGCAGCUCGCAGAGGCCCGUGGUGUACCAGUGGAACCGCAGCAUGAAGCUGUUCGAGCGCCGCACCGACAUCCCCGACAUGGAGGACGUCUUCUCCGUCAAGCACUUCCGCGUCAAAGGUGAACUGUUUAUCUGCCUGACAAGAUUCAUUGGGGACUCCAAGGUGAUGCGCUGGGACGGGGCCAUGUUCAAAGAGGUCCAGACAUUCCCCUCUCGCGGCUCCAUGGUGUUUCAGCCCGUCGCCAUUGGCAACUGGCAGUACGCCAUUCUGGGCAGCGACUACUCCCUGACUCAGGUCUACCAAUGGGACACCAAGAGGGGCCACUUUGUCUCGUCCCAGGAGCUGAACAUCCAGGCUCCCAGGGGGUUCGCUCUGGCCGCCAUCGACGAGCGCGUCUUUCUGUUUGCAUCCAGCUUCAAGGGGAAGACGCAAAUCUACGAGCACCUCAUGAUUGAUCUCAGUAAUUAA